ACGAGAGCAACAGCAGUGGGCGGAGGAGCUCUUCCAGCAGGGAGUGUUUGAAGAGGAGCCCGCGGAGCCCGAAAGCGGAGGGCUCCGAGUCGGUGACAUCUCAGUCCUCACCCAGUGAAGAGGCUGGAAUGAUGACUGAGGUGAAAGUGAAAACAGAGGUACCAGAUGACUAUAUCGAAGAGGUGAUCUGGCAGGAUGACACCAAAGAUUCCAAGAAGAACAUAAAAGAUGGGCCGGGAGAUGUGCCCGCAGAGAUCUGCGUGGUCAUAGGUGGGGUCCGCAACCAGCAGACGCUCGAUGGAAAAGCAGUGGAACGUGGCUCUCCCGUUGGAUAUACACGAAAUCGAUAUUCAGGGACCUGGAUUUUUGACCAUGCAUUGAGAUACAUGUCCGGGUCUUAUGAGUGUGGAAUAUGUGGGAAGAAAUACAAGUAUUACAACUGUUUCCAGACCCAUGUGCGAGCACACAGAGACACUGAAGCUGCCUCAGGUGAAGGAGCCUCACAAGGCAGUGCCCCUCUGGCUGCGGAAAGGGAGAAGAAGCGUCUCUCCAGAGCUGUCUUUGUGCUGCCCUGGGUGGAAUCCACAGAAACAAACAAUUUUAGGUACACAUGUGACAUUUGUGGGAAAAAAUAUAAAUAUUAUAGCUGCUUCCAAGAGCACAGAGACCUGCACGCCGUGGAUGUUUUUAGUGUGGAAGGGGCCCCAGAAAACCGGGCAGACCCCUAUGACCAGGCUGUCAUAGCAGCAGAUGAAGUGAAGGAGGAGGAGCCGGAACCGUUCCAGAAGAUUGGUCCAAAAACUGGCAAUUACACCUGUGAAUUCUGUGGCAAGCAGUACAAAUACUACACUCCCUACCAAGAGCACGUGGCACUGCACGCACCUAUUAAGUUCUCUCGAUCUCCACUCUUCGUGGCAGUGAAGACACAGGCGAGCCAAGCCAGCAAAAAAACACCGGCUUCAAUAAACCGAUGUUCUACCCUCCUGCACCGCACCCCCUCCGGUGUCCCACCGGCAUCCCAGUCCCAGAUGUUCCGCGCUCCAAAUUCUGGAUCCCCAGGAAGCAAGGCCAUCACAGCAGAAAGUGCUUUCAGCAGGAGAGUGGAAGGCAAAGCACAGAACAACUUUGAAGAAACAAACAGCAAUUCUCAGAACUCCAGCGCUGUUCAUUCGGGGACAGAAAAACCUAAAGAAAAGAGGUGUAAGCAGAACCCAUCAGAGCCUUACACCUGUGGAGCUUGUGGAAUCCAGUUCCAGUUUUAUAACAAUCUCCUGGAGCACAUGCAGUCCCACGCAGCUGACAACGAGAACAAUAUUGCCUCUAGCCAGCCCAGAUCACCUCUAGCUGUUGUAGAAGAGAAGUGGAAACCACAGCUCCAAAGAAAUAACGCCAACAACACAUCCGCAAGCGGUUCGGUAGGGAACAGCGCGAUCCCGGAGAAGGAGCGGCAGAACAUUGCCGAGAGGCUCCUGAGGGUGAUGUGCACUGACCUUGGGGCUCUGAGCGUGGUGAGUGGGAAGGAGUUCAUCAAGCUAGCACAGACCCUGGUGGAUAGUGGAGCUCGCUAUGGUGCCUUCUCCGUCACCGAAAUCCUUGGCAAUUUCAACACACUGGCUCUGAAGCAUUUGCCUCGGAUGUACAACCAGGUGAAGGUGAAGGUAACUUGUGCGCUGGGCAGCAAUGCGUGCCUGGGCAUCGGCGUCACUUGCCACUCGCAGAGCAUUGGCCCUGAUUCAUGCUACAUCCUCACAGCUUAUCAGGUGGAAGGCAACCACAUCAAGAGUUAUGUCCUGGGAAUUAAGGGCGUAGACAUUCGAGAUAAUGGUGAUUUUAUCCACCACUGGGUCCAGAACGUGCUCUCAGAGUUUGUGAUGUCGGAGAUCAGGACGGUGUAUGUCACAGACUGCAAAGUCAAUUCCUCUGCGUUCUCCAAGGCAGGCAUGUGCUUGCGUUGUUCGGCCUGUGCCUUGAACUCAGUGGUGCAGAGUGUGCUCAACAAGCGAACACUACAGGCCCGCAAUAUGCACGAAGUGAUCGAGCUCCUGAAUGUCUGUGAAGAUCUGGCAGGAUCCACAGGCCUCUCGAAGGAGACCUUUGGUUCCCUGGAAGAGACCUCCCCCCCACCCUGCUGGAACUCAGUCACCGACUCCCUACUGCUCGUCCAUGAGCGCUACGAGCAGAUCUGUGAGUUCUACAGCAGGGCCAAGAAGAUGAACCUCAUCCAAAACCUGAACAAACAUCUGCUCAGCAACCUGGCAGCUAUUUUGGCUCCAGUGAAGCAGGCGGUGAUAGAGCUGAGCAAUGAGAGCCGGCCCACCUUGCAGCUGGUACUGCCCACCUACGUCAAACUGGAGAAACUGUUCACUUCCAAAGCUAACGAUGCUGGCGUGGUCAGCAAACUCUGCCACCUCUUCUUGGAGGCGCUGAAGGAGAACUUCAAAGUUCAUUCGGCACACAAGGUAGCCAUGAUCUUAGACCCUCAGCAGAAGCUGCGACCCGUCCCACCAUACCAGCAUGAAGAGAUCAUUGGCAAGGUGUGUGAGUUGAUCAAUGAGGUGAAGGAGUCCUGGGCAGAAGAAACAGAAUUUGAACCUUCAACCAAGAAGCCUCGGUCAGCAGGGGAAGCCACAGCAGCUCAGGAAGAAGAUUGGUUCGGGAAAAAUGAAGUCUAUGAUUAUUUGCAAGAACCUCUCUUCCAGGCCACCCCUGACCUGUUUCAGUACUGGUCAUGUGUUACCCAAAAGCAUACAAAACUAGCCAAGCUAGCCUUUUGGCUCUUAGCAGUGCCUGCUGUUGGUGCCAGAAGUGAAUGUGUAAAUAUGUGUGAGCAGGCUCUCUUAAUCAAAAGGAGACGGCUACUCAGUCCAGAAGACAUGAACAAACUCAUGUUUUUGAAGUCCAACAUGCUUUAAGACUGUCUUUUAAUUAAAACAAAACUUUAAAACACUGUUCCAAGCAAAGAAAAAAAGAAUUUUAAGUUCUAAACACUGUGGACCUCAUUAUGAAUGCCCCUGGAAACCAAGUGCUUUUUUAUAUAUAUAUAAAAAUAUAAAUAUAUAUAAAAUUAAGUUUGAAAGGAAAGCUGAGCACGUGAGAGAGACAGCCCUCUGCCAGGAACGUGCUCCUUUCCCUAGAUAGUGUGUGGACUUGACAGACUUUCUAAUGUUUUCAAGUGGGCAGACGAAUGGGAGGCUGAUGUUCUAAAGUCUUCAGGCAGCUGAGAUCUAAAGUGACUUGAAGUUUCUUUUGUUUCUCCUCCACCCCACCUUUCCUCUUGUCCCCUGGGCCAUCUUGCCAUGGAUAAUCAGACUACAUUGAACAGACCAGUUCUGCACUGGACUUUGCUCCUUUGAACAACUGUACACCUUGAGGACAUUUGUCUGCAGCCUUCUUGACACACGGUGCAUGUUAUCAGGGCAGCUGUGUUUUCUGAACACCAGUAUCUUAGAAGUCAGGAAGGGAGACUGCAAGGGUUCAUUUUACUUUAACUUUUUCAUACACUUUUUUUCCAAAAACCAAAAGUUAUUCUUCUGUCUCCACUCCCAGUUUUAACACGUUAGCUAAUGAUUCUAAGUUUGAUGUAAACGUAAGAGAAAGGGUUCAUGGCAGAAAAUGGCUGUAACUGUUAUGUUUCUUGGAUUUCUUUUUUUACAGCACAGUUUGUUCUCUUGAAGCUAAUGAGCUUCUCUGUGAACUUUGGACAUCAGGCACUCUCAGACUUGUUCAAGAGUAGCCCAUUUGCAAUUCAAUAAUAUCCUUAUGGGAACCACAGCAGUUGCUUAGAUGGCAAAGUUUGAAAACAGGAAAAGCAAGCAAGUGGUGACAGCACAGAGCCCUGUGGGCCACCAGCAAGCUUGUCAGGGUCUGCCAGCUGCCAUUGAGAACCCUUGUAAAACCUUUAGUAAAAAAGCUUCUCAACACACCACUUAAAACAACCUUCGCAAGGCCAAGGACAAACCAAGGUGUAUGAGUUUUCAGGGGAACAAAGAUCAUCAGUUUUGUCAAACUGGGGUUUGAAGGAGGCUUAGAGAAGUGCAUGGGCUCAAAGAUCCUUCUGAAUGUAAGUGCUCCUGAUUGAGUGCAAAGAAUAUCUUCCCAUUUUGUUUGGAAUGGUUUCCUCUUGUAGCACGAAUGUCUUUUUGAUACCUACAGUGCAUUACACUACUUGUUAUGUUGCUGAAUCGUUCUGGCUAGGAAGGCCAUGGGCCCUUAAACGUUCACACUUACUGGCUCACCCCAAAUACAAUUAGAGAUCAUCAUAACACAAAAACAUCUCAGUCACUCUGCUGGCCAUGAAGCCAGUGCUCUGCUGUGUCCAGUGCCUGUAGGCACAGUCCAUGGGUGGCUGGAUGGGGUCUCUGCUGUCAGGUUUGGUGCUUCUCAGACAAUUCCCAAAUUCUGGUGCCAAACUGUUAAUUUUUCAUCCCUGGGACUUGUAUCCCAGAGGCAAAUUGAAGCAAAUUCUUACUUUUGAAGUAGUCUCUCCCGUUCCAGUAGUGUCUCCUGGGGCUGUGGUCAUAGUGACCACAGAGCAGCAUCGGAGGUCCAGGAGGACGGGCUCGCUGCAGGCUGGAGCCCUUCAGCAGCACAGGGGGUUUCUGGUUGCUGACAACACAGUGUUGAGACUGGGGCCCACAUUGAAGUGCUGCUGUUGAACGGUUGUUAAACCAAGAUCCCACCUGCCGAAACCAGGACAGGAUAGAAGGUGCAAGUCCCAAAACAUGAGAAAUGGCAAACGCAAUCUCUCAGGCUUUGUGUGCAGAUGCCUUGAACUUGACAGGCACUAACUGACAGCUUCGCUGCUGUGGGGCUCAGGCAGGGGAACAGGUUGCAUGCUAGAGACCUUCCCUAGGCCAGGGUCACUGAGGAUGGCUCUUUGCACCAGCUCUUACCCUUUUCAGCCUAGAAACGGGACCUACUGUUGGCUUGAGUCUAGCCUUUAGGUUGACCUCUCAGCACUGUUACUGACAUCAGGGCAAAACUUGUCUCCUAAAUAGAAGUCUUAGAAGAGAGUCUGAACCUUACUGGCAGCUGCAGCGCUGGAGGAUGAGCUGCCACGGCAGAGGCACUUGAACAUCUUAUUUCUCUGGCAGUGGCUUUUGCCAAUGGAGGUGUUGUUCGUAGGGACAACUUUUCUUCUUGCUGGUUUUAUUUCCUCCCACGCAAAUCCUGCCUGUCCAGCACCAGCUGGGCCUGUGGUAACACGUUUGUUUGCAUUAGCAGUGCAGGAGAAACCUGUAGCAAACAAUAAGUAAGUCUCAAACUACAAACAAAAAACCUUAAGUGAGACGUGUGCCCAUUACAAAGCGUUUGUGUUGUGCUGCUAUUCCCACUGGAAAGCACAGUGUAUCCCACAGCAGGGAAACUUGGCUGGAGAAUGAAUCCAAAGCAAGAUGGGGCUACAGAGUGUGUGCCAUGCAGCUCAGCUGUGGGCAGAACUGGGGAUAGGAUUUGUAGUUCUUUCUCCUAAUAGCGUUUCCAUCUUUUUGCUUGGUUCACCUGAGAACCACUCACAGGCUCUUUGAUGCUCAGGUGAAUGUGCAAACCCCUUGUGUUCCUUUGCAAUGAAAGCUCCAAACCCCAACACUCCUUUGCUAAGGGACAGGCUGAUAACUUCUGUGAGAUUUGCCAACUUGGGCUCGUUGUGUUGUCUAUCUGCAAGGCAUUAAGGGUGAGAAAGUGGACAAAGCAGAGUUAGCCCAGGUUUAAAACCCUGGAAUUGAUGAGGAGGUAAAACUACAGUUGUUUGUGCAAGCGUUUGAUGCAAGGCUGAGCACACAGCAAGCUGGACCAUGGCUGCAUGGCCAGGGUGUGGACACAGGAGGGCCACAGCCACCCUUAGCCCCAGCCCAUCUCCCUUCCCCUUCCUACAGUGUGGUUUGGGCAUCAGAUCUGGAGUUUCCUUGCUGUGACAACCAAAGAGAGGGAUUGGCUGGCCCUCUCCCCCAUCCCAGUAACUGUUCCCUCCCAGGCAGCUUUAGUUAUAGUUGUACUAAUGAUGGCUGUUGAGCAAACACACAGCAGUAUCUGGUAGAUGAGGUUCUCCCAAAGACUUAAAAACUCAUCUUAGCAGCUGAAAAUAAGAGAUAAAACCUAAAGCCCUAAAAUGGAGCAAUCUGGAAAGGUGGUGAGGAGCUUGCCCCCUUCUCCAGGGACUCAGUGGAAGAAGCUGCAGAUUUUAAUGAGUCUUAAAGGUGGUUACAGGGUGUUGAGCUCAGAGGAGCUGUUCAUGCUGUGUCUGCUCACAGGCUUUGUUUGACACACUUCAUUAAAAGGGGAGAAGCACAUCUGGAGCACACCUCUUUAUGCUAAAUGCCAAGCUUUUGCUCCUAUUUCUCUUUUCCUCUCCUUGGAUUUGCAUUCUAGGGAGCAUAGGUACUUCAGCCAGGUCUGAAUUUUGGAAGCUCUUAAUUUGCCAGGUUACUCCCACCCAAACUGAUCUAGGGUUUGAUUCUAGGGUUGGCUUGGUGGCAUGGAGCAGUGCUGCUGCUGUGGGAGCAUUGCCUUUCCUGUGGUGGGAGAUGGAGAGGAGAGAGUCUCUUCGUUUGGUCAGAGCUGUCAUGAGGUUCUGCUCCCUUUGAGUUGGGUGGAGAGGAGAAGUCUUCAGAAUUGGGAUCAUGCUCUGGUGGGUCAUGUUGGGAAUUUGCCUUCUUGUUUCUUUUACUCACACUUGGGGAAUGUGUUGGGGUACAAAUGGUACAUGUGUUCUCCAGGCAUUCAUUUAUUUCUGCUGCUUACUCUGUGCCUGACCUUGCAGACUUCUCUUUCUGACUUCACAGUUUGCUUUGGGAGGGGUUAUGAUCUUCACAUGGGGAGAAGAUGAACUGUAAAGAAUGAAGAGCUUUCCAGGCCUGUCUGAAGAUCCUUGUUACUCUAAGAAGGUGGGAUACAAAGGCAGAGCUCUUCACAACAGAAGCUGUUUCUGUGUGAGUGCAGCAGCCAGGGAGUCAGUGGAGAACAUGGAGCCCAGAUUAGUCUCCUGUGUCUGUCUCUUCUCCCCAUGUCUCUAGCAGUUGUGUUCUGGGUGGCACGAUGGACUUGGUGUGUUAUGUUGGGUCGGUUUCAGGUGGAAGUGAACUUCCCUUUGUGUCAAAGCUCUGUCUGCUCUAACAGAACUGAUUUGGUUGUAUCUGAGCUAGUGCAAUCUGGAAAACUUUCUGUGAAAGCCGACUGUGAGCUCAGGUUUUGUCUAAUUCAGUUGUUCGUUGCUGGUUAAAGCAGUUUAACUUGGUUUAAGCAUCUACAUGAGCCACCUGCACUGGUUGAACUGCACUUGCUGGGUGUUCUCCCCUGCUGAGCCGAGAAUACGUCCAGAAGCAGCUCAGGGAGUUGUGACCCUUAUGUGAAUUUUGCAAAUGAAGUAGUGUCAGAUACUCUCAAAGCUCAGGAGCAGCUGGAAAUAGAGGGGAGACACUUCUGGAUAUGGCUUGAGCUCUGGAUUGUGGUAUCUGAGUUAACACAGUGUUCACUGAGAUGUCUCAGGGUGGUGGUUUUGUUUUUCUCCAACUGCUUGCAAUAACAUGGAAAGUUUAACAGGAGAAGAAAUUACCACAUAUGCUUGUACCGGGGGAUGAGUCCUCUGAGCUAUACCCAGUCUGAGAGACCAUCUCCACCUUCUGUAUCCCCCUGUAGACAAGCCAGGACGUGGUGUUGCGCAGGAGCAGGGUGGCUGAGACCCUGUGCUGCUGCCUGCAGACAGACAGCUCCGAGCUACUGAUAAAUCACAAGACAGUAAAAGAGCAGCCAAAAAGCUAUUCAGAGGCUGGGAGGAAAGACUGAUCAAUAACUGCAUCUCUCUGGCUGAAGGAGGUGGAGAGGAGCUCCUGGGAGCAUCCAGAGGGAGCACACGCAGGAACGGACAAGUUGUUCCCUAUGGAAUAAUUGGGAGUAACAGGAUGAAAAUGAACAAAACGACACUAAAGGCAGAUUCUGGGAAACAUUUUCAGGGAGGAGAAAUCUGUUCAUCUGGGAGGAGUCUGGGUUUUGAGCCCUGUCAUUUAAAACAAGGCUGUACAGCUCCCCGGAGCAUGCUCCAGAAGGCACAAGGCUGGUUUGGGCCUUGACGGGAGAAAAGAGACUGGAUGUAGAGGUGGGAAAUGCUGGUCCUGCACGACAGGUCCAGGAGGGUUCACAGAGCAUCUCCGUCCACAUCCUCCCACCCUUCCCAGCACUCCCAUACCUGUGUUAACCAGGUUUCAUAAAGGAGGGAGGGAGCUGUCCACAGCAACAGAGGGAAAAACACCAGUUGAGGAGCAGAUGUCUUGCCGACCCUUACACUGCCACAGUGAAGGAAUCAGGGUGGGGGGAAUUCAGGGAGAGCAUUCAACAUUUUGCUGCUGCUGCUGUGCAUUUUCUGUGCUGCACCGUGAUCUUGAAUCCAUGGGAUCCAUUGGGAAUGCCCAGAAACAUCGGCUGAGUCACAGUGUUGUGUGGGGGUAUUUCUGAAGAUGUGGCUCUUUAGCAAUAAGAAUUCCCUUUUCACAGUGCGUGGGACUUGUCCCUGUGCCACAGGUUAUCAUCUUCCUGGGCACUCUGGGAAUGUCACUCUGGAAAACAAUAAGAUCCAGAAGGGUGAAGGCAAGGACAGCUCCACGUUGAAAGUACUGUGGGAUUGUUUGCUUAUGCUAGGCCAGAAAUGGUGAACCAAUGAGUGUAUUGCCCUGAAAUCUAAUUUUAUAUGUUUAAUGUUUGGGGGGUUCUGUUUAAUUUUGGUUCCUGUUUGGCUGGUUAGUUGGGUUUUUUACUACUCCUGUUAGAGUCCUUGGGUUUAUAACUUGACGGGAGGGUGUUGCUCGUGUUAGACAACAGUGUCUCCAGUGGACCCUUCGGGGUUUCCCGAUCUGUAGGCAGCUGAGGUUGAGUUCUGAAUAGCUUCUGGAGUCAUGGAAGUGGCUCAUUGAUGCACAACAUCAAGCACUGACUGAAAGGAUUUUCUUCCUUCCCCUUGUUCUAGCAUCACUGGCAGUGGUCAGCACCUCUUGGUACCAGUGAGCAGCGCAGCCUUAGCGGUAGGAGUAUUUCACAGUGGAGUUGAUGGGUACAGACUGUCAACCCCUUGCUUUCUACAACCAAAGUUCCUUACAAAGACACUUCCAGCCUCAUCAGCCUUGAACGUCCUUGGUGUUCUGGGGGUUCUUGCUUUGGUCUCUGCAGUGUCUGUGGGUAGGAUGGGUUGGAUUUUCCAGUGGGCUGGGGGGUGGGAGGUGGGAUCAUUUUCUUGCUAUCUAUGGAGAAGGACCUUUCCAGUCGAGGAAGGAAGGAACAACAGUCUUAGGAGCUGUUUGCCAUGGUCCCUUUAAACUUAUUGGGACUUUAAUAUUAUUUUGUAUAAAUUAUUUAAAAGGAAAACCAAUAGUGGAUGAACUGAACCAAUUGUAACAGGUGACCAGCCAAGGCUGUAAGUCCAGGAGGGAUGCACAUCAUCCAGACCAUGGACUCCGGUCCACGCCGUAGCUAGGAAGUGUCAUGCCAACAAACCCAACCAUCAGGAAACCCCUGUUUGCAGCCAGUGUGAAAGGAGAAGCUGUUCCUGGGGCGUGUGUUCCCUUCUCCCCCCUCCUGUCAGGAGCUGAGUUCUUGGUGUUCCACCAAGCAACCGCGCAACGAUCUAUUGUCCCAUCCCUCCUCCUGCCCUCCUGCAGUGACUCGUGUGUCCCUUUCCCCUGUGUAGCUGCAGAUGUUCAAGGCAAUACCCCGGGCGCAGGCGCGCGCCUCCGCGUGCGAGUGCUAGACCCUCCUGUCAUCAUCGUGAAAAAGAAAAAAAAAAAAAAAUAGACAAAAAAUAUACAAAAAAAAAAAAUAUCUUUUUUAGGCCAGAGUUUUCUACAGGUAUUAAUGAAUAUUUUUCUUAAUCCUUAUAAGUUUUAUGUGUUUAAUAUUUCUUAAUACCGGUAGCAUUAAUUUAUACUUUUGUAGCAACACAAUAUUUUUAUAAACCGCCACCGCUGGCUUUGUCUUCAUAAAGGGGAAACGUGGGGCCCUGCCCCGCGCGGUACCAUGUACUGUAUUUAAAAGGUUAUCUAAUGUCACACUUGCUGUGUUAAUAAACAAAACAAAACCUGUUUGAAGUCUCAUGUAUUGUUGGUGUGGAUCAAAUGACUCAAUAGAGAGCAAUAUUGCACGGGGUUGAGUUGCUGAUUUCAUUGUGAUAUAUGAACGCUUGAGGCCAACUCAAGUUCUGGGGUUUUUUUUCUUUAUAGGAUUUUGUUUCGUUUCUGUUUCGUUUCGUUUUGGUUUGUUUUUUUUUUUUUUACAGCUCAAUAAAUUCAGUGCUGUUUGAAACUUAGACUGACGUCAAAUGAAAAGGAUUCUUAAAGGAAAAAAAUGAAAUCAAGGUGUUUAAAUGUUGCUGUUUUUACAAGUCUGUUGCUGUCUGAAUGGAAAUAUUCCACAAGAGAGGAGGAAUAGUUCCACUUAGGUUCCAACCGGGCCGAGCGCUCCAGGCCAGAGCUCGGUCCUUUGGAGAUCUCUUAGAGACAUGUUUCUGCAACAUUCUUUUCAGAGUUGAUGCCAAGGCAGAAGACAAACUGUAACUGUAAGAAAGCAUCCGUUGCUUGAGGAUUUUCAUGUCAGUGUUGUAUUUAUGGUUUUACAAUAAAACAACCUUUAGG